UAUUGCUCAGUUUGAGUUCCUACAUGCAUUGAAGCACAGUCUUUAAAAUUAAGCAGGUUUGUUUUUUCUGUUGUGAAAGUCCCAACUUAUUUUCUUUUUGUUUUUUCUUCUUUCUCAUUCCCCAACCAGAGUCAGGCCAUGCGCAUCGUCCGGACAGUUGGCCAGGCGUUUGAGGUUUGUCAUAAACUGAGUCUACAGCAUACACAGCAAAAUGCAGAUGGAAAGGCGGACUGCAACGGUGAAAAAAAUGGUGGCGAUUCCUCUGGCGUGCGUGCUUAUCCACCUGUAUGUGUGUGUACUUUCCUCGGCCCAGCUCGCGAGCUAACAGGUGCAGAGAAGGCUCCAGCGAGUGUCGCGGAGGAAACGGAUAUUGAUGCCGAAGACGUGGUCCAGGUGCCGACGGCCGAGGACCUGAACCUCAACAGAGGAGUGACAGAUCUCGAUGCCACUGCCAAGACACCUGACUUAACCCAGUCAGAAAAUAAGGUUUUGGAGGAGCCUUCUCUUCUGAUGUCCAGUCCCAGGAUGCUGCUCCCAGCGUCGGGCACGCUGCCUCCCGGGGCUCCAUUGUCUGUCCACCACCAGAUCCAGCUGCUCCAGCAGCAGCUUCAGCAGCAGCAGCAGCAGACUCACGUCGCUGUAGCACAGGUCCAUCUCCUGAAGGACCAGCUGAGCGCAGAGGCCACAGCUCGGCUGGAGGCCCAGGCUCGAGUCCAUCAGCUGCUGCUCCAGAACAAAGACCUGCUGCAGCACAUCUCCCUGCUGGUUAAACAAAUCCAGGAGCUAGAAUCCAAGAUGGUUGGACCAAAUUCCAUGGGCUCUCAGGACAGUUUGUUGGAGAUCACCUUCCGCUCCACGGUACCUCCAGUGAUCUGCGACGCUACCACACCCAAAUCCGAGGUGUCCGACAUCAACCUCUCUGCACUCGGCACUGGUGACGGAACCAGCAACGCCUUUUCCUCUACCAACGGGACUCUGGGAAGCCCACUAGUUGAUCAGAGUUUGUUUGAGAACUCCAUUGCCCAGAAGCAGAGCCCUCAGACCUCCAGAGCAGGUCAGCACUCCACCCGAUCCCUCUCAGUAUCAGCUAAUUCCAAUUCUGGCUCCACCUUCAUCGACUCCCCAUCCUCUGGAGGACAGCAAAGGCUCAAAAAUGCCAUUAACCUGGGCAAGGCAGUUGGGGCAAAGGUCAACGACCUGCUGAGAAGAAAGGAGCCGAGCCACCUUGGAGACAUCGGCGUCACUGAGGUCAACAAGAAUGUUGGCGCAGUUUGGAGCUGCAUGGACAAACUUGGCCACAGUUCUGCCAGCAGCCACAUGUUUGACUCCUUUCCUCGUCUCGACCCACCGCCGCCAACAGGAAAGAAGCGCGUCCCUCGAGCUCUGAAGACGACCCAGGACAUGAUGAUCUCCUCUGACCCUGUGGUCGCCUCGCCAGAGCCGGCAGAUUCUCCCCCCUUCCUGCCCUCCCCUGACGAAACAUCUCAGGGCCCCAACGAGGGGAGUAAGAGUGAGGAAAAGCUACCAGGAGGCAGUGAGGAGCAGGAGGAGAGGUCGACAGAAAUCACAGGGCAGCCCAGUCUGGUGGAGAACAAAGCCGAUUCAGAGACAGAGGAGACCAAAUCCACGACUGAUGAAGUCAAAGAAGGGGAGGAAGAAAAAGGGAGCUCAGAAGGAGGUGAGGAGGAACGUCGGCACCAGCUUCAGCUCUCUGUGCCAGACCUCAUCAACAAGGAUCCUCCUCUGGAGUCCCGAGCCAAACCCUGCGACGUCUGGCAGAGGGCAUCCUCGCCAGACUCCAGGCUCGCCUCCUCUCCGAUUUUGGGCAAGGCAUCCUGCCGCAUCAGCCUUGGGGAGGAGGUCCUGCUUGGUAACGGCGCCCCCUGCAGUAAAGACUCAGGAGGAGGCACUGAGGAGGCAGAGCCUCACCCAGACCUGCUGUCCUUCGAGUAACUCAAAUGUUUACUGUGGCUUUUAAAUGUAUCACCCACCCUGCAUUAGUUUAGGACAAAGGGAAGAGAUGCUUUUCACAAGCAAGGCAGGCUUGAAGACCUGCUGCUUUCCAAACUUUAUAUCAGCAUUUUAAACAGUUUUUGUCACUGGUUUGAGGUCAGUCAGACUACAUAAAAUAUAUAUUUAUACAUAAAAGUACACAGUAAAAGGCUGGCUGUUUGCCAUCAUUUCUGGCUCAUGAUGCAAAAAUAACAGGAAAAAUAAAAACAAGGGCCUUUAUUUUAUUGCAGUUUCAGUUUUAAAAAUAAGUAAAAAAAAAAAACAAUGUUCAUAUUCAAUUUGUUUUGUAGCUAUAGCCUUUAAAAGUUUCCUGUCUGCUUUAACAAUUUAAUGACAACCUGAUUAUGUAUUAAUGAAUGUAUUUAGUGUGGUGACAUUGCCUUUAGAUGGGUUAAAGAUUUAUAGAUAUGAACAAAACCUUACAAUCCUUGAAGACCACACCAUUUUUUAUGCAUAAAAGGGUGUAUUUUUUAAGUGUGUUACUAAGCUGCUGCAUUAAAGCCAGUUAAAAACUGCAAAAAAGUAUAUAUGUUAAAUAGAAAUAUAUAUUUUACAUUUCGUAAUUUUAAACUACAUGGUAAAGGUUGUUUUAUUUUCCUGCGUAGUUGUUUAUAGCAUUCUGGAAAAGAUGCUCAGAAAAACCAAGCAGGAAGUGAGAAUUAAAGGCUUAAAAGAAUGUUUGAGAUUGAGAAGGUAGGGUGAAUAUCGCUGUCGCAGCAGGACUGCAACCUCCAGUUCAUAAAAAAACAAUCGUUUCUGAAUGCAAGUUUUUUAACUUCACUUCAGGAUGAUUUAACUCUCCAAAAGAAGCUUUUUGUGUGAGUUCUGUGCUGAAGUUGGCUUUUCACAGAACAGUGAUCAGUGACACAGAAUUAGUUAUUUUCAAAACUUGUGCAAAUCAAGAUGCCCGAUUUUGCCUGCAACGGGGCUGUCCAAAGUGUUGCCCUCAUUUCGAGGGCCAUUUUGAGGCCCUCGGAAUGAUUGUGUGUAGCCCAAUGAUACAAAUUAUGAUUUUUUUUUUUUUUUAGACAAAGACAAUUGAAAAAAAAUCAAGAAAUUAUAAACCUUUUCUUGAGCAGGGCAAACUUGCAAAAUUUGAUUUCUUUGUUUUCAGUAAAAUAUUGUGUGUUUGUUUUAAUGCUAAGCAGGUAAAAUGUUCUAAUUUCACAAUAAAACAUUUUGCGUUUUUUCCUGUAAAAA